AUGUUGGCUAAUUUUGUUGAGCGUAGUGACUUCCAAAUAUGCUUCCGAUAUAGACCUGCUGAUCGCCCAGGGAUAUCCUCUUCCGAUGUUGAUGGUAGUUUGCUAAAAGGAGAGAUAGAAUGCGCUUUUUGUGAGCAAUGUUCUUUUGGAUUUCCUUUUUUGGAAAAUACGUUUGGACGGGUUGUAUGCACGAAUUUCCGCCUUCGUUUCGAGCCUGUGGCAAAACCUGAGGAUUUCCGAGUAAUGACAAUAGAUUUGCGAGGCUCUCAAAAUGGAGUUAGUCUACUAAAUCAAAUUUUGUUUUUUGCACGUCCAAUGAAAACCGAUAAUAUUAUUCAAUCCGGUGCUGAACCCGAUUGGAGAGGAAGAGUUCCAUUCAAUGAUGCAGCUUCCUGGGAUGGUGAGCUUAAAAGGUGUGGGCAUCGUACUCAGGAGGAUUGGCGGAUAUGCAGUCAGUUCCCUCAUGGUGCAAGACAUUUCGUGCAUAGCUUUCCUAUGUAUUUCGUUAUACCAGCUGAAAUUGUACAACACGAUCUGGAUCGGAUGGCCCAGCAUUGGCAGCUCAGUCGAUUUCCAAUUUGGGUGUGGUCUCGUUCAGGAGUUUCGCUUCUUCGCUCCUCAAAUUUCGACGUAAACUGGGAAUCUCCACAUCUUAAUGAUAAAGUAAUCAAAUGUGUGGCGAGAGCUACAAGAAGUGAGAACCCUCCUCAAUUGAUUUCACUGAAUCCUGAAAUCACACCCCAGAAGAUCGCCUCGUCAUUCGAUCGUCUACGGCGGUACUGUUCUGCAGAAUCCUAUGAACAGUUUGCGUCUCGAGAUAAGGAUUGGUUAGCGAGGAUUAGUCAAACGGGAUGGUUACAGAUCGUCAGCUAUUGCUUAUCUGCAGCUGCGGAAGCAAUUGAUUCUCUUGUGGACCAUGAGUGCUCUGUGAUUAUUUACGAAAAUAAUGGCCUAGAUAUUUCGGCUGUAGUCUCUAGUCUUGUUCAAAUUUGCUGUGAUCGAUACUAUAGAACUCUCGAAGGGCUGGACUCUUUAAUUGCGAAGGACUGGAUAGCUUUGGGUCAUCCAUUCGCUCAUCGCCUUUUUGGUAUUUCGGGUGGUACCAACGAAGGCGUCACCGCUCCUACAUUCCUAGUGUUUCUUGACUGCAUCGCUCAACUCAUUCGGCUUUAUCCAAUGCAGUUCACCUACACUCAACAUGCGUUGAUAGCUUUAUGGGACCUGUCGUUAACAGGAAUGGUGCCAGCAUUUUCUGCUUCAUCAAUUACAGACCAAAUAGCCUCAAACAUUACUGGCAGCCCGUUUCCAUUGGAACGAUUUUUCAAUGAGUCCUACUCACGGUUAUUCUCAAAUAUUACCAAUAUUGGAGCAGCCAUUGUGGAGAAAGCGACAGGGCACCCCUUAAUUUAUGAAAUUCUUCGCCCUCCAACGUCAAUAGCAGAUCUACAGUUAUGGAAUGAAUGCUACCUGAGAUGGAUACCGGCUGCUAAUGUGACGCAUGGUGGUGCUGUCAUGGAUGACUUAGCUAUGAAAGAAGCGAUAUUAGAAGAAUUUCCAUCGGCUGGAAUUGUUAUGUCAAGAUUUGGACUAGCAGACAUUGACCUGGAGACGGCCUCCUCCACACCUAUAGUUAUUAUACGUACUGAACAUUUACUUACCAUAGCACAACAUGUCUAUCCUGCAGGUCAAAUAAGGGAGAAGGGAAAUGAGCUUACCAGAGAGUGA